CAAAAAAGAAACGUUCGUCUCCACUCUCACCAAUAAACCUUCCCCAUCUAUCCAAAAACAAAGAAAACUACAAUCUGAAAUUUGGAUUUUGUUGAAACGACACACACAGAGAGGGAGAGAGAGAUGAGGAUACAGUGCAACCUGUGCGAGGUGGCCGUGGCGAAGGUACUUUGCUGCGCCGACGAGGCGGCGCUCUGUUUGGCGUGCGACCAAAAAGUCCACGACGCCAACAUGUUGGUCAGCGAGCACCACCGUCUCCCCCUCUCCUCUUCUUAUCAGAUGCCUAAAUGUGAUAUAUGUCAGGAAACACCUGGGUUUUUCUUUUGUUUGGAAGAUCGAGCUUUACUCUGCAGAAAAUGUGAUGUGGCUAUACAUACGGUAAAUUCACUUGUGUCCGGCCAUCACAGAUACUUGCUAACAGGAGUUGAAGUUGAUACUGAAACUAAAAACUGAUCCAAAAUCUCAUAAACUAAAUCUAAUGCUACAUCUACA